AUGCCAAAGGUUUUUUUGUCGAAACCUCUUGUUAUUUCCACGGAUGCAGCUGGCAAAACUUCAUAUAAUACUUCAUGUUACGGCGAAGCUUUUUGGGUUGGUGAAGAUGAGCUGAACGCAAAACAAAAUACCACAAGUUCUUGGGAUCUAUCGCCUGCUAACAAAGCAUCCCAAAGUUUAAUACGUAGUAGUCCUUUGACGUGUGAUACUCAUUCAGUGACUCCGACUUCAACUUUACAGUCAUCUACUGAAAGCUGGUCUUUGAGCACACCUCAGUCAACAAUAACUGGACUAACCGGCACUUUCCCUUAUCGCGAAGCUACAUAUCCAAUUAUUCAUCUUGCCAGAAAAUACAACCAGAACACUUUUUCUUCUCACUUCCAGCCUAAAUGGCCUAGAGCAUUUAAUGUCCAUUUAGGUGAUCAUUCCAAGAAGAUGCUCAGCCUACAUCAUCAUAUUUGCUUAAAGCGCAAAGAUGUGUGGAAAAAAGGUGAUGUGCCUUCUGAAAUGAUUGAUGGUCAAGUUAUGUAUUUUUGUCCCAGUUGCCGUAAGCCUUUUAAAUGGCUUGGUAACCCUACACGACAUUUCUAUGUGCAUACAGGUCAAAGAUUCUUUCGGUGUGAUAUUUGUUCUAAAGAUUUUUUCUCUGCUUACCAAGUUAAAAGACAUAUGAAUUCACAUACAGGUGUCCGUUUCAAAUGUGAAGUAUGUGACAAACCUUUCACAUGUAAAUACGCCUGUGCUUGGCAUACUAGACAACAUUAUGCUUAUUCAUUAAAAUAA